GCAGCCAGCCUGUCCACAAAAGCUGGUCUUUAAAGCAGCCCAGUCAGGACACACAGGACACCGCUCGGUGGGCUCUAAGUCAUUUGUCCCAGGACGUGCUGUGUUAGCCGCUGCUGCCGCUCUCUGAGCCAUUUUACAUUCAGCAGCUCAGCAGCUGCCGCGCCGCUGCGCGCGCCGCUGGGAGAAUUGUGGGCCGGGCGCGUGAAAGAGAAAAUGAAAGCCAGCCAGCUCGCGCCACAGCGAUGAAGCUGAAAUGCAGGUUGGACUGACUGCAAGUUCUGACAAGACAUCAAGCCAAGAAUGUGAAAGGAGCUGUCACUGCAAAUACGACUACCAUUCACCAAACAAAUCAGCAGUAUUCCACUCAACAGUCAUGUCAUCUUCCAGUGUUGUUUAUUUACUUUUGACCUUAAUCUCACUGACGUUGCCCAGUACAUGCCUGCCCUCUGAAAGCAGCAGCACUGCCACUGAAAACACCCAUGUGGCGACCAACGGCCUCCCUUUCCCUUGGAGCAAAUUGCGCCUUCCAAAUUACAUCAUUCCCGUUCAUUACCAUCUGUUAAUCCAUCCCAACCUCACCACCCUGAGGUUCAAUGGCUCUGUCAAAAUUGAGAUCGAUGUGAAGAACAACACCAACUGGGUGGUUCUUCACAGCAAGAACCUUGAGAUCACUGCGGCGACUGUUCUGGAUGAGAGCGAGGCCAACCUGUUUGACAAAGCACUGCCUGUUCUGGAUUAUCCUCCCCACGAACAGAUAGCCAUUUUCUCCCCAACGAUUCUGACCUCUGGAGAAAAGUACUUUCUGUACUUGGAAUUUAGUGCAUCGUUGAACGAUGGUUUCUUUGGCUUUUAUAAGAGCUCAUACAAGACGACAGAAGGACAAACCAGGGUUUUGGCUUCCACUCACUUUGAACCUACCUCUGCACGAAUGGCUUUUCCUUGUUUUGAUGAACCCAACUUCAAAGCCAACUACUCUGUCCGGAUCAGAAGGGGACCAUCACACAUCGCUCUGUCCAAUAUGCCAAUCGAGCACACGGUGGAGUUAGACAACGGUCUGUUUGAGGAUCGGUUUGAAGCGAGUGUGCAGAUGAGCACGUAUCUCGUAGCCUUUAUCGUCUGUGACUUUAAGUCCGUCAGCAAGAGAACCGUGACAGGAAUUGAUGUUUCAAUUUAUGCUGUUCCACACAAGUGGCACCAAACCCACUAUGCUCUUGAAGCUGCAGUAAAACUGCUGGAGUUCUAUGAGACGUACUUCAACAUCUACUAUCCUUUGCCAAAACUAGAUUUGAUAGCCAUUCCAGAUUUCCAGUCUGGAGCUAUGGAGAACUGGGGCCUGACCACCUACAGAGAGACGUCUCUGCUCUAUGACCCUGACGUCUCAUCCACCUCAGACAAGCUGUGGGUCACCAUGGUGAUUGGACAUGAGCUGGCCCAUCAGUGGUUUGGAAACCUGGUAACUAUGGAGUGGUGGAAUGAUAUAUGGCUUAAUGAGGGCUUUGCACGAUAUAUGGAGUUUGUGUCUGUUGAAGCUACAUACCCACAACUAAAAGUGGAGGACUAUUUAUUGGACACCUGCUUCGCAGCUAUUGGGCGGGAUUCCCUCAACUCCUCCAGGGCGAUCUCCUGUUCUGUAGAAAACCCAACACAAAUAAAGGAGAUGUUUGACACAGUGUCUUAUGACAAGGGGGCUUGCAUUCUGCACAUGCUGAGGCAUUUCCUGACAGAUGAUGUAUUCCAAAGUGGCAUAGUCAGGUACCUGAGGAAAUUCAAAUACAGGAAUGCCAAAAAUGAAGAUCUAUGGGACAGCCUGGUCAAUACAUGCUCUGAAGAGGAUUUUACAUCAGGACAAUACUGCUAUAGUGACACACAGGCCACCAAAAAUGCUUAUCGGUUUGUUGGGGAGCAUAUAGACCUGAAGAAGAUGAUGUGCACAUGGACUCUACAGAAGGGCAUCCCUCUGGUCACAGUGAAGCGCCAGGGAACCAAGCUUUACAUUGAACAAGAGCGUUUCCUAAAGACAGUCCAGCCAAGUGACCCAUUGUGGCAGUCAAUGCAAACUGGAUACCUGUGGCACAUUCCGUUAACCUACAAAACCAGCCACUCCAACAACGAGAUGAGGCAUAUACUACAGAUAAAGUCAGAUGUUCUGGUGCUGGAUGAAGACGUGGACUGGGUGAAGUUUAAUACAGACAUGAAUGGAUACUACAUUAUUCAUUAUGAUGCUGAGGGGUGGAAUGUCCUGAUUGAGCUCCUGAAAGUAAACCACAGUGCUGUGAGCUUCAAGGACAGAGCCAACCUUAUUCACAAUGCCUUCCAGCUAGUCACGGCAGGGCGACUGACCCUGGACCAGGCUUUGGAUCUGAUCACCUACUUGAAGUCUGAGACCCACAAUGUUCCUCUCUUACAAGGCCUUGGAUAUUUAGAAUCAUUUUACAAGAUGAUAGAGAAGAGAAACAUAGCUGACAUCACACAAAAUCUCAAGACCUACAUCCUGCAAUAUUUCAGGGACGUGAUAGACAAGCAGACGUGGAGUAAUGAGGGCACAGUCUCAGACAGAAGGCUACGCUCUGAACUUCUGUCACUGGCAUGUGAUCUUGGUUACACUCCCUGUCUGGAAAAGGCCAAACAUUUCUACCAAACAUGGGUGACGUCUAAUGGCACCAUCAGUUUACCGAGUGAUGUAACUGAGACCAUCUACAUGGUUGGAGCCCAGGAUGAAAAUGGUUGGCAAUACCUGUUGGAGAAGUAUGGAGUGUCCAUGUCUGAGGCAGAGAAAUGCAAAUUUCUCGCAGCCUUAGCAAGCAGCAAGGAUUCCAGUAAACUACUAAGACUGUUGGAGCUUGGAAUGGAGGGAUCAGUGAUAAGAACACAGGACCUGUCUACACUAAUUUACACUGUGGCCAGAAAUCCGGCAGGCCAUUUCCUAGCUUGGAAUUUUGUGAAAAAGAACUGGAACAAACUGGUGGAAAAAUUCCAACUGGGAUCGUUCAGUAUGAGAAAUAUUAUCAUCGGUACAACAGCGCAGUUCUCAUCUAAAGAGGAGCUUGCUAAUAUCAAGGAUUUUUUUGACUCCGUCAAGGACCAAUCGUCUCAGCUCCGUGUCACUCAGGUGGCUGUUGAAAACGUGGAGAAGAAUAUUCUAUGGUUGGAGAGGAAUUUAGAAACUCUGAGGAUGUGGCUUCAGCAGAGACUGAACUAAAAAGUGAACUUCAAACUGGCAAAUAACAUCCAUUAUAAAAUACAUUUCCACAGGGUUCAGAAAAGCACAGAAGAAUGUAUGAAAAUGUACACAAUUCAGUUUUAUAACCAAUCAGCACAUUAAACAGGAUCUAUUUUUUCACAUUUUAAUGCAGCUUACAAGGUUCGGAUGAGAAGGUUUUGUUAAAUACAUUCAGCAUGGUUUGCUUGGUUUUGUGUUUCAGAGCAAAUGGAAAUAUGAUGAAACAAGUAGGCUUGUGUUGUUGAGUGUGUGAUGUUUUUAUUAGGUUUUCUUAAAAAAGGAGUUGUGAAAUAUUUUGACUCAAAUACAGUUUACUGGUUUCUAAUUUUUCUUUCAUAAAAUGAGAUGGAAAUCUUAA